AUGACAGCAGUCAGCAGAUCCAGGUGUCUGUACCGCAGACUGCACAGCGACGUCAAGCGCAGACUGUCCGCCUGCUCCCAGACUCAGUGCGGCUCUCCAAACAGCACAGCGAACCUGUUCAGGGAUGCUGACUCUGUGGUCUCUGCCAUCAGGAGAGGAGAUGUAGAGGCUGUUCAUGAUCUGGGCCCAUCUUCUCUCAGUCUGCUGAAGGAAAACAAAGAUGGCUGGGUACCUUUGCAUCAUGCUGCGUACCAUGGGCAGACUGAGUGCUUGAAGGCUCUACUGAGAGUCCAUCCAGGUUCAAUAGACAAGCGGACACUGCAGGAGCAAACAGCCUUGCUGCUCUCUGUGUCAUGUGAACACUUGUCUUGUGUGCGGUGUCUUCUUGAGUCUGGCGCUGACCCGGACAUCUGCAGAAACAACAAAGAAACCCCUUUGUAUAAAGCAUGUGAGCUGGAGAACGUGGACAUGGUGAGACUCCUCCUGUCACACGGUGCCACUGUGAACCAGCGCUGUGCUCAGGGCUGGACGGCCCUCCAUGAGGCUGUAUCCAGGAACAACAUGGAGAUCUGUGAGAUUUUAAUCGGAGCCGGCGCCACCAUCAAUCCACCGAACACCUACAGCGUUACACCUCUCAUUGUAGCAGCUCAGCGAGGACUGAUGAGGCCUCUGUCUUACCUGAUUGAGAAAGGCGCAGAUGUGAACAUGCAGACUUGUGAUGGUGCUACGGCGCUGCAUGUGGCGAGUAAAAAUGGCCACAAGGAAGUUGUAGCCUUGCUGCUAACUAAAAAUGCAGACGCCAACAAACCUAGCAACUCAGGACUGCUGCCACUGCAUGUUGCAGCCCAGUAUGGACACCACGAGAUUGUGUCACAGCUCGUGUCGGUAACGAGUCGAGCCGUGCUCCGGCACAGUUGGAUCACGCCCCUCCACCUGGCAGCAGAGCACGACAGACACACUGUGGCAGCUGUGCUGCUGAGAACAGGUGCAGAUGUGAACGCUACUCUGGCCCACACCCACUCCGCUCGCUACUCCGAUCGGCGUGCCACAGCUCUCUUUUUUGCCGUUGCCAACUGCAGCACCAAAACGACGGAGGUGUUACUGAAAGCUGGUGCCAGUCUAAGUCUGGAUCCAGUCAGUCCUCUGCUGAAGGCCACUCAUCAGGGCUGCGUCAGCACCGUGGCCUCAUUACUGGAGCGAGGUGCCGAUGUAAAUGCCAGACUCCCCUCUCAUGCUACAACAUUCCCAGCAAUCAUUGCCCUUUGCAAGGAUAACCUCCCUCUUCUCAAAUGUGUUUUGAACCACGGCUGUGACGCCCUCUCCUGUUUUACCUGUCCAUACGGUGGUAGCGCCCACCCUCCUUCAGGAGUUGUCAGUAAUGGACAUGACUGGAUGCUUUCUUUAAGCUGCAAUGAGCCAUCAGAAAAGGCAACUCAGUUCUGUGAGUGGAUCUCCACACCUGCUAUGUGUAAGUGGGCAGGACCGGUCAUAAACUUGCUGCUGGAGCAUGUCGGUCCUGUUCAGCUGUGCAGCAGGCUCACUGCACUCCUGGACAGCAGAGAAGAAUGGCAUUUAAUCAAGAGGAAGUCAUCGUCACCGCGAUCGCUCGUGCACCUUUGCAGAUUAACAAUUCGGACUCAGAUGGCGAGAGACAAACUGAGAUCUAUUCCAAGCUUACCUCUCCCAAACAGACUGAUCAGAUAUCUAAGUGUGGCUGACUGACUGUGAUGAACAUUAUCUUCAGAGAUGCGACUAAAUUUAUCUUUUUAUGUGUCUUUUUUUAGUCUCGUCAUGUAUUUUAAUCUGUAAACGCUCCUUUCAUGUAUAAAUAUCUAUUUAUAAUAUAUGUGAUGUGACAACAAGGCUCUUUAAUCUGUCAGAAUGCUGUUUACUUCAUAGAUAUCUUUAUAAAUUGGGAAAAAA